AUGUUCGUGGACAUCAGCAAGCCUCCUCCCCCGCUCCCCGUGCCGCGCUGCACAGCGAUAAGCCCUGGAGUCUCUCUUCUUCAACCACUCUCUCGUCGCGGCACGGGGCCUGGUAUGAUCAUUGUCGUGCCAGACUCGACUCAGUCGAAUCUUUCAAUCAUUGAAGGCGUCCCGUCGCCGCUCAUCAAAUGGGCCGAGGAAAGUUAUACGGUUGUCGAGAUACAGGAAAGCGCUAUAUCGUCCGAUAUUAUUCAGCGUGCGAUCAAAGCACUUUUUGAGUCAGAAAGUUGUGUGCCCAAGGAGAAGGUUGGUAUAGUUGUUUACAACGGCCACGUGUGGAAUCUCAUAGCUCCAUUGCUGUCAUCCACACCCGAAAUUUCCGGCGCAGUCAUUUACACAAACGCAGAAGAACUAUCUUCACUAUUAGAAUCUUCAAUCCCAUGUCUAAAACAUCUCUCCGGAAACCCAUCUUCUACAAACGACAACACAUCCUCGGCCCGGCUAUACACCUACCCGAGCGCAAAAUCAUCUUCCUUCGCGCUUCCAUUCCAAGACGACUUUUCCUACUCCCUUGAAGCAUUAUCUCACACCCGAAACUUGACAUUCUUGAAGCCAUUGAUGAAUGGCCCAUACUUUGACCUAGAGCAGAUAUGGGAUGAGCAUACGUACUUCGAGUUUGAGAAUCGGUCUGUAGAAUGGACGAUGAGUACCAUGGUGCAGGAGCCGUAUGUUAAUCAUAUCCCUACUAUGACUGGCGGCGUUGGCCGAGAGAAACUCUCGGAUUUCUACGCGAAUCACUUCAUUUUCAAGAAUCCGGCUGAUGCGGAGUUGGAGGUUAUCAGCCGUACUGUCGGUAUAGACAGGGUGGUCGAUGAGUUCAUCUAUAAAAUCACGCAUGACUGUGAGGUUGACUGGCUUAUCCCCGGCAUCCCACCAACAGGCAAAAAAGUCCAAGUCCCGAUGACGGCAAUAGUCAAUAUUCGCGGUGACAGGCUGUACCAUGAACAUAUCGCAUGGGACCAAGGCACGGUUCUGAGUCAGCUGGAUAUUAUCCCCGAGUACCUACGGUUUGCGUAUCCAGUAGCAGGUCAAGAACCAAAGGAAGGGAAGAGAUUUGAGAUCAAAGUACCCGUAGCUGCAGCGACGACGGCGGCGAAGAUAAGGGAUCGGAAUGCAGUGGAGUCGAAUGGGAUGUUUGCAUUUAAGGUUCGAGAGGUUGAGAAUUGA